AUGAUUACAUUCUUUUCUAAUAUCCCAAUAUUUAAAGAUGAAAAAAAUCUUGAUAUACAAACAUUUCUACAAUUAUCCAAGAUGAUUUGUGAUUUUUCGGUAAGUUUAUGGGAUUCAAAAUUUGCAUUAUUACGAAAUGAUGUGGAAGGGAAUAUUAAAAAGGUAUCACGUGCAUCUACCAAUCUACAUGUGAAUACAUUAUAUGACUUAUUAGCUAAUGAAAUAAAUCGUGAUGAUUCUUCCGGAUCAAUUGGUUUAUUAUGGUUAAAGCGUACAUUUCAAUUUCUUAUUUGUUUCCUGCAUUAUUUUGCUCAAUCUAAGAAUAAUGAAUUAAUACGUGAUAUGAUUAUAAGAGCUUAUGAUAAAACAUUGACAAGAUAUCAUAACAAAUUAAUGCGUCAUGCAUUUCGUUUUGUUUUACUCAUUGUCCCUAAACGAUCGGUAUUUAUUAGAAAAUUAGGAUUGGAACAGGAUAAUUGUGAAUUGUUGGUACUUAGAGAAGCAGGACAAUUUGCAGUGUCAAUCGAAGCUCAUGUUCAAACUUUAAAUCAAAUGUUAGUUUUAUUCGCUUGUUCAGAACCUCUAGUCUAUAUCAAUCAAUCAGGUAUAAUUAAAUCCCAUGCUCAAUAUGGAAUGAUGAAUUAUACAUCAAAUUUAUAUUGUGAAUAUAUAAUAAAAGCACCAAUGAAUUAUAAAAUUAUCAUUCGAAUAGAAGAACUUGAUUUAGAAGAAACGAAUAGUUGUAUAUUUGACUACUUAUUAAUUACAGAUGAGUAUUAUACAAAUGUAUAUACUUAUUGUGGUCAUCAAGUGAAAGCAUCUCAUUCAAUUGAAAUGAAUAGUUCACAAGUCUACAUAAUAUUUGGUACAGAUGAUGCUAAUCAUGGACACGGUUUCUUACUCAAAUAUGAAACAGUCAAAAAUGAAGCAUUGAAAUCGAACAAUUUUUAUUCAUGUGGAUUAACAUUCCAAUUAAAUGAGGAUGUUGAAUAUACUGAUAAUAAAAUGGAGAGUAGAAUUAUCGGUGGAGAACUAUCUAGACCAGGUCAAUGGCCAUGGAUGGUAUCAGUAAGAGAGAAUAAUCAAUUUCGAUGUGGUGCCAGUUUAAUUAGUAGUCAAUGGUUAUUAACAGCAGCUCAUUGUUUUCCAAAAAAUGUAAAUCUAAACAAUUGGAUAGUACAUAUUGGUGAUUUUUAUUUAGAUUGGAUUGAUAGUGAAGAGAUACUAAUGAAUAUAAGUAGUAUAUUCAUUCAUCCAAAUUAUCAUCUACGUAAAUUAUACGAUUAUGAUUAUGCAUUAAUAAAAACUGCUUCAUCAAUUCAAUAUACUUCAAAACGAUUACCAAUAUGUAUAUUGAAUUCAACAUUGAUGAAUAUUAAUCAACUGGAUCGUUGUUAUGUUGCAGGAUGGGGAAGUUCAGAAGAUUCACCAAUAUCAAAUGAAUUACGUCAUCUUUAUAUCCCAUUACUUAAUUUAACGGUAUGUAAUCAAACGGAAGCAUAUCAAGGAAAAUUAACUGAAACAAUGAUUUGUGCUGGAUAUAUUAGAGGUGGUAAAGACUCAUGUCAAGGUGAUAGUGGUAGUCCAUUAAUGUGUCAAUUACAUAAUACAACUGAUCAUGUAUGGUAUCAAAUAGGAAUUGUAUCAUUUGGGAAAUCAUGUGCUGCGGCAGGAACUCCAGGAAUUUAUAGCAAUCUUACAUUCGUCAAUAAUUGGAUCUCUUCAAUUAUGCAAUCAUAUGAAUAA